CUUUUCUCUUCCUGCUAACCUCCUUUUCUUCUGACACUCCCUAUGGACACCAAUUGCCCUGAACAGCUCUCGGCAGAGCAGUCAAACCCCCUAGCCGACAGUGUGCCCCUCAAUCAAAAUGGCCCGGGAAAGCAAGACGGCCAGCAGUCCUCUACCUCAGUCCAAGCACCAGAGCCAGAGACAAGUGUGCAUCCUGAGAAGGGAGCCCAGGAUGUCUCUGAAGAGCUGAGCCGGCAACUGGAAGACAUCAUUAGCAUGUACGGGUCUGCAGCUAGUCCCCCAGGGAAAGCGGGAGCCCCUGAAACUAGGGAGCAGCUCCCAAACACGGAGACAGCGGACAAUGAGGAUGCAGACUGUGAGGAAACCACCGAAGAGACAGACAGAGAACCCACUGCUGCUGAAGAGCCAGCCACAGCCAAAGAGUCUGUCAGCAAUAAAGAGCAAAAGCUGGAAAAGAAAAUCCUGAAAGGAUUAGGGAAAGAAGCUAACUUGCUAAUGCAAAAUCUGAACAAGCUGCAAACACCGGAAGAAAAGCUUGAUUUUUUACUCAAGAAGUAUGCUGAAUUGCUGGAUGAACAUCGCACUGAGCAAAAGAAACUAAAGCUCCUACUGAAGCAGCAGGCACAAACCCAGAGAGAGAAGGACCAAUUGCAGAGUGAGCAUAACAGAGCCAUCCUUGCCCGAAGCAAACUUGAGAGUCUGUGUCGUGAGCUGCAGAGGCAUAACAAGACACUGAAGGAGGAGACCCUCCAACGGGCACGUGAGGAAGAGGAGAAGAGAAAAGAGAUCACAAGUCAUUUUCAGACUACCCUGACAGAUAUCCAGACUCAGAUAGAGCAACAGAGUGAGAGAAAUAUGAAGCUCUGCCAGGAAAACACAGAGCUUGCAGAAAAACUGAAAAGCAUCAUUGACCAGUAUGAGCUCAGAGAGGAGCAUCUGGACAAAAUAUUUAAACACAGAGAACUGCAGCAGAAGCUGGUGGAUGCGAAACUUGAACAGGCUCAAGAAAUGAUGCAGGAAGCAGAGGAGCGACACAGACGGGAAAAGGAAUAUUUGCUGAACCAGGCAGCAGAAUGGAAACUUCAGGCCAAAGUGCUGAAGGAACAGGAGACAGUGCUGCAGGCUCAGCUCACUCUCUACUCAGGAAGGUUUGAGGAGUUCCAGAGUACACUGACAAAAAGCAAUGAAGUGUUUGCCACUUUCAAGCAGGAAAUGGAUAAAACAACUAAGAAAAUGAAGAAGCUGGAGAAGGAUACAGCCACAUGGAAAGCACGAUUUGAGAAUUGUAACAAAGCUCUCUUGGACAUGAUAGAAGAGAAAGCCCUGAGAGCUAAGGAAUACGAGUGUUUUGUGAUGAAAAUUCAAAGGCUGGAGAACCUGUGUCGUGCUUUACAAGAAGAGAGAAAGGAACUCUACAAAAAAAUCAGAGAAGCAAAAAUGUCCGAAAAGGAAGAGCAGGAUCGGCACACCUCUGAUGAAGAGCCAGAGUCAAAUGUCUCUGAAGAUAAAGAAAUGGAUACAGAGGAAGUUAAUAGUGUUCAAAACGCUGUGGAAAAUCUGGCCACAGCUUUUACCAUUCGUCAUCACCCAGAGUCCACCCCAGACCAAUCAGAGGAAAGACUAAAGGCAGUGAAUUGUCCUCAGAGCAUAAGAGACAUCACCGCCCAGCAGUCCGAACUAGCCCAUGCGACCCAUCUGAACCCUCCUACUGCUUCAGGGAGUCCUCAGCCUCCUCUGGGUUCUCAGGCUGGGGCCGAAGGGGUCUGUGAGGCCGCCGCUGCCCCCACAGGCAGCGGUACCCCUGCAGGGGCAGAGCUCCAGAGCCAGGGCCUCUCUGAUGGGAACCCCCCUGACUUGAAGCCCCAGGAGCCAGAGUCAAAAGCUUCUGGUGUGGCUCCACUGUGCCCAGCCCGGGGCUCCCUAGCCAUAGCGGAGGCAAAAUAUGCUCCUCCACCAUCACCAGAGAGUGAGGGAAAUCCCGCUGUGGUGCCUGGCUGUGAGCCUAGGGACCAGCCUGCACCAGCAGUCAAAGACAUCCCCCUAAGUCCCACCGAGCUCCCCAUAGAUGCUGAAGCCUGUCUGCAUGGAGUAGAUUAA